AUGGGCUCGGAUCUGGUUGACUUCCAUCUAAGCUGCAAGAAAGAGCUCAAUGUGCUUGCAAGGUCGUUCAACAUUCUGUUCUACGGAUACGGGUCGAAGACGGCGUUGCUUAGGAAGAUGUUUCCAUCUGCAAUCUACCUCAACUGCAAGAUCAUGAGCCGCCGCGAAAUCCUUGCAGAAAUCAUGGAAGCCGUGAGGCACAGAUCCAAGCUUGAGGCCCAGGAGGUUUCCAAAGCACCGACAAUAAGGGAGAUAGAUGAGGCCAUAGGAUCCAGGAAGGAGAAGUACAAGCUUGUGAUGGCAAACUUCGAUUUCGGCAUGCUGGAGUUUUCUAGUCUUCGGAACUUCGCCAUUCUGGGCACCGUCGAGGGAAUUGGAAUAAGAUUCAGCCUUGAGGAUGUCGAAAGAUUCAACUUCAUCUUCAGAGACCUCACCACCUUCGAGCCGUAUGAAGAGGAGGCCAUGGGGAUCCAUCUCAGGACAACAAGGGCAGAGGCAUCGUCCAGGGUUGUCAGAAAUGUUCCGAGAAACUCCAGACUUGUGCUGAAGGAGAUCCUGUCGUGCAAUGCAGACGCAGUGGGCCUUGGAGAGAUAUUUGAAAAGGUAAAAAGGAAGCUAUUCCUCACGUCAAAGACGUCGGUUCUUUCAAUGAUCAAUGAGUUUAUUGACCAUGGACUUCUGAAGAUCAGAAAUGGCUCGGAAAUAGUCGUUUGCAUGUCUCUAGGAGAGAGGAAUGAGGUGGCAGGGGAGCUGGACCAGAUGGACUGA